AGUGACGUCACUGGGCUGACUCCCUUCCUGCUGCAUCACAGCAGCCUUUAGCAGCUCUGGUAGUACUUGUGACCGUGGGGGACGGAAUAUACACCGCUAGUUCACAGAAAACAGAAGCCUUUAGCAGGUUUAACAACAUCCUAACACGGGGCUAGGUGUCAGGAAGUGGUUGCAGUGCGAUAACCCCGCUCCAGUUGUUGGGAUAUGGCCAGGCCGGAACAGGUUCUGCUCUUGGAGCCUCAGCACGAACUGAAAUUCAGAGGUCCGUUUUCAGACGUGGUCACCACAAAUCUUAAGCUCUCCAACCCUACAGAAAGGAAUGUAUGUUUUAAGGUCAAGACGACAGCGCCCCGCCGGUACUGUGUGCGGCCCAACAGCGGCAUCAUCGAUGCAGGCACCUCAAUCAAUGUCUCUGUCAUGUUGCAACCCUUUGAAUACGACCCAAAUGAAAAAAGUAAGCACAAGUUUAUGGUCCAGUCCAUGCUAGCACCUCCUGACAUGACUGACAUGGAGGGAGUGUGGAAAGAAGCAAAGCCAGAGGAGUUGAUGGACUCGAAGCUGAGAUGUGUUUUUGAGAUGCCAACGGAGAAUGAAAAAACGCACGAUAUGGAGUCCAAUAAGAUGUCGUCGAGCUUGCUGAAGUCGGAGUCGUCUGCGCUGCCCGUGAAGUCGCUGAGCUCCACCCUGAACGACGGAGAAGUAAAAAAUUUCAUGGAGGAGUGCAAGAGGCUGCAGAUGGAGGCUCAAAGGCUACGGGAAGAAAACAAACAGAUUAGAGAAGAUGAUGGUUUCCGGAUGGGGAAGAGCAACAUCAUGUCAUCCCAGCAUGCCUCACGCUCCAUGAAGAGGGAGGAAGGCUUGAGCGCCCGCUCCGUGGCCCUCAUCCUCCUCUUCUUCACCGUCGGCGUCAUCGUGGGGAAGUUGAUGUUGUAGAGCGCAGCACUUCGGUCAGCCGCAGCAUGCUUUUCAUGGUGGAUGAAAAUACACACAGGAUCUAUGAUUUUUGGAUCAGAAUGCCAUAUUUGCUGGGUGGGGGCGGGCGGGGCGGUACUAGUUUUGAUUCAGUCCCAUUUAUGUAAAAAGUUUAAAUUUAAAGCGGUAAUCUAUGAGAGAAAAAGAGGGAAAAAAUGACUCAUCUUAAGAACAAACACCUCUGUACUCAUCACAUAAUCCUUCUGGCCUUCUUCCCAAAGUUUCAUGCAUUCAGAUGAUUUGUUUCAGGGGUUGGUGGGGAAACAGAUUCUUAAUUUAACUGGUAAUUCAGUUCAGAGAGUUUUUGAGAAAGCGUCGAUGCGACCGGGUCAGAUUGCAGCUGUGCGAAUGUCGUUUUAUUUGAUUAGAUUGUCAUUUCUUUUUCUAAUUGAUGCACGCCAGAGCCGAUCUUCUACGACAUGUGACGACUCCACCGCGCAGUAAAUCAUGCUUUUCCUUCCGGUGGAACCCUGUUCUUAAAGGAAGGGAGGACCCAAAAGGUCAGGGGUCGCACACAGGGCUACAAUUGAGUCUUCUCCAGUCGAAGGCUUUGCAAAAUCUCGUCUUUGAUUGUGGAACAGCUUUGAUGUGUGUAAGAAACACUACAACGGGUGUUUUAUUUCCUCAUGUCUUUUUUGUUUUUCGUUGCCCUAAUUUAUUCCCGCCACCUGUCGAUCACUGCUCACCACAUCCUGGCUUGUCAGAGGAGGAUGUUUGCAUGCGUUCACACGAGUGUUGCAUCUGGACUUUUGAAUCUAAUUUAAUUGCUUUUGUCAUUUGACUGUAGAUUUGCACAAUUUAAUUGCUGUUUUUUUUCUCCUUCUUCCUCCUUUGUCCUUUUUUUUGUUGCAGUUUUUGUUUUAUGUUAU